UGUGCUCGAGAACCCUCCCGCGGCUGCAACUGGAAGUCAGCGACCGUAAACACUAAAGAGGUUGAGAAUCACACGGGUAAAUCAUCAGCGGAAUUGUGAACAAUGUCUGCCGAUCUUCGAUGCGUGAUCGUGGCCGUUGACGGCAGCGAGGAGAGCAUGGGCGCUUUACGGUGGGCGUUUGAAAAUCUCAAGCUCCGUUCAUCGGCGCCGGGCUCCACUGACGGCACUUUUGUUGUGCUGCAUGUUCAACCUCCUCCUACAAUCGCCGCCGGUCUCAGUCCUGGUCCAAUCCCCUUUGGUGGCCCUAGCGAUCUGGAGGUUCCUGCUUUCACGGCAGCGAUUGAGUCGCAUCAGAGGCGGAUUACAGCUGCGAUAUUGGGUCAUGCUUCACGGAUUUGCUCCGACUACAAAGUGAACGUGGAAACUAAAGUGGUAAUCGGAGAUCCAAAGGAAAAGAUCUGUGAAGUGGCUGAGAAUUUGCAUGCUGAUUUGCUAGUUAUGGGGUCCCGUGCUUUUGGUCCCAUCAAAAGGAUGUUCUUGGGAAGUGUCAGCAACUACUGCACCAAUCAUGUAGAAUGCCCAGUCAUCAUAGUCAAGGACAAGAAAAGGGGCAGUUCGGCUUGAUCUUAAUAGAUUGCAGGUUUCUUUUUCGUUAUGUGUGCCCGUUACCGUCUUAUCAAUGCCGAUGCUCGUGACACGUAUUAUUCAUCAAUUGGUUUGCUUUUCUGCUUCCCGUUCUGCUAUUUUGUAUAGUGCGAGCCAUGCAGCCAUAGGCAAGUUUCCAAAACAGUAAACAGGAAGUUCCUCUGUUUCUGUAUUUCAUAGGCUUGGCGACAUCACCUGUUGCCCCCAUUGUUUACAUACAAAUCCUUGUCCAGCUGACCAUCUUCCUUGGCUUGGCUACUGAAAAUUGUCCUGUCUGAGUAAAAUUGUGUAUUAUUCUUUCUAUUUUGUCCCUGUAAUGAAAAAAAGCUCUCUUGAACAAAAGGGGACUGUGAAUGUGAUUUCUUUUAGGGGAGACACGUGGCUCCUGUGUGGCAUGUGACUUUUUCUUUCCCUUUUUCUGAAUUAUAUGAUUGUAUGAAAUAAUAAUUGAAAAUACACCGUCCUGUACUUUGGCUUGUUAU